CAUUUCCGAGAGCGAUCGUCCCCGGGGGGAGACAGAGCUCUGAGGGAGACAGGGGGGAUGGAGGAGAGAAAAUGGCAAUGACAGUUUGUAGGACAGGCGUUUGCUAAGGGGUGGGAACUGUAAAGGUGAAGGAAAGGAACAUGAACAGAGCGAUAUAGACAGCAGAAGGUCGAAGAGCAAAAAGAACGUGAGAAAAAGCAGAAAGGAAAAACAGGAGUUGAGAAAAAGUAAAAGGGGAGUGGCAGAAAGAAAGGAGUUACAGGGGAAGAGAGAGCGACAGAAGCAACAAUAGAUUGACCCGUCACCAUGACAACAGAAGUGGGAUCUGAGACAGAGGUGAAGGAGAAAGCAGAGGAGUCAGCUGCUCAGCCGGACCAAUCGGAGAAGGCAACAGAAGAAACCCAGGAAGUAGCGAGCGCGGAGGGUGACGAUAAGGAGAAAGAAAAGGAGAAGGAGAAAGAGGGGAAAGGAAUAUCUCGAUACCUGCCAACAUGGCUUAAGAAGCAGAAGUCUCAAAGCCAGACCUCUCCAACCAAGGAGGUGCCACCCACAGAGGAAGCCAAUAACACUGUGGAACAGGAAGAGGAGGGGCCUGCCCCAGAAGUUAACGGUCACGCAGAGGAAGUGGAAGAGAAGGAGGCAGUAAAGUCGGAGCAAGUGAAGGAAAAAGAAGCAGAAUCUCACUCCAACGCCAGCGCAGACACCGAGCCUGCCAAGGAAGAGAAGGUGGACGAGAGUGCUGAGAGUCCUGAAGAGACCAAGGAGACCAAGGAGACAACAGAGGGAGAGGGCGCAGAGGAGCAGGAGGAGAAGAAGGAGCCGGAAGGAGAGGUGCAAGGUGAAGGAGAGGAAGGCCACACCUCCAUUUUUCAGUCGCCUCUACGUCUGGUGAGGAAGAGCAAGAUGAAACUGGUGGUCUGUCAUGUGAGCCUACUGGACGGGACUGACUUCACCUGUGAGGUGGAGAAACGUGCAAAGGGCCAGUACUUAUUCUUUAAGGUGUGUGAGCAUCUUAAUCUAAUGGAAAAAGACUACUUUGGACUGACUUACAAGGACAGCCAUGAACAGAGAUGUUGGUUGGUUCCCACCAAGGAAAUCAAGCGGCAGAUAUGUAGUAACAACUGGCAGUUUUCAUUCAAUGCCAAGUUCUACCCUCCAGACCCCUCACUGCUCACUGAAGACAUUACCAGGUACCUGUUGUGCCUGCAGCUCCGUGAAGAUGUGGCUUCUGGUCGACUGCCUUGCUCAUUCGUUACUCACGCCCUGCUGGGGUCAUACACAUUGCAGGCAGAAUUUGGUGACUAUGAACCGGAGCAGCCUCGCCCUCUGGACUACAUUGGCCAGCUCACCUUUGCGCCCAAUCAGAACAAAGAGAUGGAGGAGAAGAUAUUUGAACUCCACAAGUCUCACAGGGGAAUGACACCUGCACAGGCUGAUGCCCAGUUUCUAGAAAAUGCCAAGAAACUAUCCAUGUACGGAGUGGACCUACACCACGCUAAGGAUUCUGAGGGUGUGGACAUCAUGCUUGGUGUGUGUGCCAACGGACUCCUGGUUUACAAAGACAGACUUCGGAUAAAUCGUUUCGCUUGGCCCAAAAUACUGAAGAUUUCAUACAAGAGGAACAACUUCUACAUCAAGAUCAGACCAGGAGAGACGGAGCAGUUUGAGAGCACGGUGGGAUUCAAACUCCAGAACCAUCGAUCUGCCAAAAAGCUGUGGAAAGUCUGCGUUGAGAAUCACAGUUUCUUCAGGUUAAACGCACCAGAGCCUCCUACCAAGGCCCGCUUCUUGACUCUGGGCUCCAAGUUCCGCUACAGCGGACGCACCCAGGCCCAGACCCGCGUGGCCAGCUCCCUCAUAGACCGACCCGCACCCAACUUUGAACGCACCUCAUCGAAACGCAUCAGCCGCAGUCUGGACGGAGCACCAAUGAUCAGCAUAACUGAGGCUGGCAGGGACACAGCUGAGAACGGACGUGAGCCGCAUCUGGAGCUCCACUCUGAUUCAAAGGUUAAGGAGGUGGACUUAAGCCCUGGUGAUGUUGAAGCCACAUCUGCCCAGUCACUUGGAGCCGAUGAGGUUACCCUCUCCCAGAGUCCAUUGAGAGUGCAUGGGGACAAUAUUUAUGUGAGGCACAGUAAUUUAAUGUUGGAGGACCAUGAUAAGGCCCAAGACGAGGUUCUGAAACAUCAAGCUAGCAUUAGCCAGCUAAAACGCUCCUUUAUGGAGGCGCCACCUCCCUCUCCUCCUCAGCUCAACCAGUGGGAGAAACGUCUCACCUCCUCCCCCGCCACAACAAUACGUGUUCAACAGCAACAAGUGAGCCUUGAAGAGGAGAUAGCUUCUGUACUUCUAAGUAGACACUCAUGCACUGGCUUUUAUUCAGCUGCUGACGCUGUCUGCGGCAGUACCCCUGAACUGACACUAGAGGCUGCUCUUACCACACGUUCUACUGCGCUCUCUGCCACCGAGGUGAGUGUGUCCGAUGUGGAAGCCACCGCAGCUGAUAGUUCGAUCUCUGAUACCAAAGAACCUGCAAAGACGGCCGAAGUCGAAAUCGAAGAAACCGUUGUCGUGGAAGAGGUUUCCAAAGCAACCAAACCGGGAUUUGUCACAGUUACAACCAGUUCUCCUGCUGUCCCAACCACAGACCAGGAAACAAGAGAUCAGGGAGUGAAGGUUGAGGAAAAAAUAGUGGUGACACAGGAAGCUAAAGCGGCAAAGCAGGAGAGUGUUUCAUCUGAAAGCGAGAGCGAGGAAGAAGCCGAGUACCACCCAAAUGUCCCUGUGUCCAUCUCUCAUACACAAAUACUGGAGGAGAAAGAAGAAGAAGAAGAGGAGGAAGAGCAGGUUGACAAACAGGAGGACAAGACAACGGAGCAGGAUACUCCAGAAGUUUCCUCCCCGCCAGCUGAAGUCCUUCAGCCUGCAGAAGAAACCAGCCGAGUGGUAGAGGAGUCUGAGGCAGGGAACAAGAACGCAGAGGAGAAAGAAGGUGAGCGGGAGACAGAGGAAAGCACCAACGAUCCGAUGACAACACCCGACGAAGCUCCUAAUGGCUUCACCCCAACUGAGGAGGCCGUGAGCGGGUUGGCCACCCACCCAGAGGUGGAUGACGAGCCCAAAAUGAACGGACAAGCCUCAUUGGUUGAAGCAGAACACCGGCCACAGGUUAUUUGUUGCUCUGAGCCACCUGUGGUAAAGACAGAAAUGGUGACUAUAUCAGACACGUUCGCAGCCCAGAAAACUGAGAUAGCUACAAAAGAAGUGCCCAUCGUACAUACGGAAACCAAGACCAUCACUUACGAAGCCGCACAGUUGGAUGGAAACGGCGACGGUGAGCCCGGAGUGUUGAUGACUGCUCAGACUAUCACCUCUGAAUCACUGUGUACUACUACAACCACACACAUUACCAAGACGUUAAAGGGCGGCCUAUCAGAGACGAGGAUUGAGAAACGCAUCGUCAUCACUGGCGACUGCGACAUCGACCACGACCAGGCACUGGCCCAGGCCAUUAAGGAGGCCAAAGAGCAACAUCCUGACAUGUCUGUUACCAGAGUGGUGGUUCAUAAAGAAACUGAACUGGCGGAGGAGGAGGAUUGACUGAACUCAGAGCUGAAGGGCCCAUCGUGACUGUUUUCCUCUGUUGACGUUGAACGACCUUCAUCACCCGACGACGACGACCGACCUUGACUGACCGACGAGGAGGAGCUGAAGAACACGAGGAAGAGAAAGACGGAUGGAGAGAAAGUCACCAGUCUUUUCUAACAUUUCUGUGGUGCAUCUAAAUCCCUCACUCCAAAAACCAAGUAAAAGGAAAAAAAAUCAUCUCUUCACUCUUCCCGAGGGGAACAAAAACGAACCACUUUGUUAGAUUAACAUUUGUAGCGUGUUUUUAUUUUUUAAUAGAGCCUGUUUUUUUUCUUUAACUGAUUUGUUUUACAAAAAGAGAGAAGAUAGUGAGUCUGUCAUAUAUUGCGAAAACUAGGAUUUUUAGGGAUGCACUGAUAACCAGUUCUGGUGAGACACAGCUAAAAUACUGUAUCAUUGUACUGAAUAUUUCACCAGUACCAGUGACCUUCAACGAAGCUGUAAGAUUCAAAGCAAAUUUUAGCUAUUUCUACAAACAGGAAGCUGUCGAAUGGAGACAGUUUUUUAUCUUUUUCUUAAUUUUUAUUUUCUUAAAAAGUAAAUUGACACUGAGGUUCUGUGUUUGGAAUCUGUAUCAGCAGAGUUAAAGUGUUUUUGGUGCAUUCCUAAACCAAAAAAAAGGUUAUUUGAUAUUUUACAGCUCCCUCCCUCACGGCUUUAAUCGGUGAGUAACAAAAUGUAACUCAGUCCGUUCUUAAGAUUUUACAGUUACAACUACAACUGCAAGAAACACGGAGACACAACUUGGUUUGAAACUUUUGUUCAAAACAUAACACAAACAAACUGUAUCACUCACUGUAACACAUUCACGGUCAGAGUCAGAUUAAAGAAAUCAACUGUCACAUUAUCACCCUUUGUUACUAAUAAUUACAGAAACUAGGGAGCUGUUAGGUAAAAUAUCGCAGUAAAAAAACAAUCAACCAGUAAUUUUCUUUUUUAUUCUGUCUCUUGUUCUGUAAGUAUAGUUCUUAUUCAUCCACAUUCCUUGUGUGUCGACCAGCGGCUGAGUGAGUUCACUUUCAUCGAGACGUUUUUACAUUUACAGCAGGUGAAUGAAUCUUAAUUGGGUCGUUGGACGUUUAUAAUAAAUUUUUACUGAAAGGAAAUUAGAACCGAAAGUGAACUGACUGAAACGCCGGUGUAUGCAACUUUCUGUACAGUAAAACUAAAUGAAGGUUAUUAUAUGGGAGCAGAAAUCCAGCUUUUAAUUAGCUAAACGCUCUCCCUGGGGCCCGCCCACUGUACGACACUGACCAUUCCUGCUGGGCCGCAGGGGAGCGAGGGAGCAGUAAACUGACGCUUGAUUGGGAGAGAGAGAGGACCAGUGAACAGAGGGAAAAUUGGGAGAUAGAGGUGGCGUCCACGCAUCGUCUACUUGGGAGUGAAAAAUAAUUUGAACACUGCAGUGAGUUAAAGCUGUUUUAAUAUUCUUGGGACGAUGCUUAACACGCGUUUAAAUAAUUCAAAAGGAGUUUUGUGCGACAGCCAGCAGAGGUACCAAAAUGAGGACACGCAGCAGGAACAACUUGAAAACCAGUUUCUGUGCCCAAACCAGAAUAAUGAAAUUUCUACCAGUUCGUUAACUCUGCACUUCAUUUCACUCCCAGCUUCUUUUUUUUCGUACCAACAAAAUCUGCAAAACGUGAUCUGGAAUUCGAAUCCGCAUAUCUUCAUGUUUUUACCUUUGAGCGAGUUUAGAUAGAAGGCCACUGUGUCGAUUGGUUUGAGAGUGUGUAGUUAUCAGAUUAUCUCGGCUCAUACAGCAAGUCUAGAUAUAUAUACGAUUAUUUUCGACGUGGUGCUCGCUGUGUUGUAACUGUUUCACCGCAACCAAAUAAUUCUGCUGUGGUAAUGUGAUUUUUUACAUGUUUCAAUUUCAAGACUUACAUUUGUCUCCCACACAAACAACACUCCGAAUCUCCCAGUGCACAAACAGAUACGCACGGAAACAGUUACAGCACAACAGUAAAACGCAGCUGAAAGGGACGAGUGCACCAGAGGGGUUGAAGUGCUCUUGAAACCCCCUGAAUGGAAUCUCAUGAUGUUUUAUUCAUUUCCUGUGUCCUUUUCACCCACAUGUUCAUCUGAAUUCCACAAAAAUGUGACUGUGUUAUAAAUAUUGGUGGCAUUAAAUGGGUUUGACCGAGAAACCUGGUCUGCUGCGUUCAGUUCGACCCGGGUUUGUGUGAGCAGCGAAAGGAUUCUGCCAAAACCUAAUCGAUUGUGAACAAAGAAGUGGUACAGAUUUACAAAAACAUUCCACCUGGACCCGCCUAGAUUUCUCUGAACCCCUCCAUUCUGGAUAUAGUGGCAUUUUACAUUAGAUUCAUCAGGAUCUCCUUUUAAAUGAAGAAAUAUUGACAUUUGAAGUAGCACGUACCUCUCAAUUUGAAAACCUUUCAAACUUCAUCCAGAUGGCGGAGCGGUGAAGACGGUCUAGGCCGGGAAACACCAGUCUGACCUCUGCUUUGCAGUUCAAUGACAUUCCGCAUGAGGGCGAAACCUUUAAUCUGGAGCCCUCUUGCAAUGAGACAAAGCAGCAGAAGAAGAAAUAAACGUGUGUAACGCUGGGCAGCUUUGUGAGCUUUCACUGUUUAAACAUUCGUAGCUUUUUCUCAGCAUUUUUCUUUUUUUCUGUGAAACUGAUCUAGAUGUUGAAAGGCGGGAUUUGUUGUAACCCCCCCCUGUUGAAUAUUUAUGAGAUUGUCACAGUGUGUUUUAUUGGGAUCACUGAAGGAGCACCAUUACAAAUCAAAUUUUCUGCCACCAUUUCCUGUUCUUUUUUUUAUUUUGCUUUUAGCCACAGACUGAGCCUCUUCUCGGGCGUCUGGGCUCUCGUCUGUCCGGAGCUGUGGGGCAGCGAGGUUGUUUUUUCUAAAAUGUUUUUUAGUGCUUUCUCAUGAGAUGAACACAAUAAAUAAAAAAGAAAGGCCUGACAAAUGCAUGAGUAAUUUUAAUGCAAGAAAAAAAGGCUGCAUCAGACAGUGGUUACCACGGCAACUCCAUAAUGGAACUCAUGGAUAAGAAACAGAUGAUUCUACGCCAGCUGAUUUUUUUAACUGUCAGGGAUCUCACCAUCAUGGAGCGCGCCGUGUGGUCAGACGAAACACACGUUUCACAAUUGGCUUCUAUUCUUAACAUUCAAUCUCAGGCUUUAUUGAACAGUUUGGACAAAUGAGAUCAUUUAAAGUCCGUUAAAACCAGCAUCAUUUUGUAUUUUUAACAAAGUUAAAAAAAACUCACUUUCAACAAAACUUUAUAAAGAAACAAAUUUUGGAAAAAGCAACCCGCUCCCUCCUUGCUCUCUCGUAGCACAACCAAUGAUCACUGGUAGGGUUUUUUCUAUCUAGCAGCUUAACUGUCUUGUGUCUCCCCACACAGCCACUCCUCCCCCGUGUAACACUGUUUGAAUAAAGGAUUGUUAUACUCUCA